AGGGGCUGGGAAACAAUCCGAGAUCGUGGAUCAGCUAAUCUGGACUCUGAAAUUUACCACGGGCGCUUUGAUAUUUUCGGACUUAGCACUGAAAUUUUGAUGACUUUUAUUUACUUCCGUAUGAAAUGUAAUUUGGGGAAAAUGUUGCCCUAGAGAGUAGAGGAAAGGCGAGGAGAUCAUGGCGAGAUUCUCGUUGGAGGAGGGUAACGCCGAGAGAAGGAAGAGGAGCAGGGUAGGAAGAUGGGAAGAAGAGGCCUGCAGUAAGAGGGGAGAGGACAGUGAAUUGGGGGAAGGAGACGAUCAAGAGCGGACGGGCAUCGACGAGCAUGAAAUAGGACUGGAGGGAGCUGAGGAUGAGGCCAUUUGCCAUGAAAGAGGCGAGUCUUCUGGAGAUGCUGGCGUCUGCGUUCGGAUCGAUCCAGAUGUUCUUGAUUGCUCCAUCUGCUUUGAACCCUUGCAGCCUCCAAUUUUUCAGUGCCAAAACGGCCAUGUUGCAUGUCCUUCUUGCUGCUCCAAGCUCUCAAACAAAUGCUACUUAUGUUCUCACACAAUUCGUUACAGUCGCUGUCUUAUACUUGAAAAGGUGAUAGAAUCCAUUAAAUUCUCUUGUAAUUACGAAAAAUAUGGCUGCAACAGAACCAUGCCUUAUACAGAGAAACAUGCUCAUGAAGAAGCAUGCAGCUACGCUCCAUGUUUCUGCCCUGUCAGUAAGUGUUACUUUGAUGGGUCAAGAGAAAUGCUGUCUGCUCACUUUAUUAAUGAACAUACACCAUAUGUGAGAUUUAAAUACGACCAAGUCUUCAAGGUUGAACUGCAUGAACCGCUUGGGAUGGACCCAUUUCGAGCCUUGUAUGGAGACGAUGGCCAUCUUUUCCUCCUCCUCAACGACAGUUUUGCAGGUCCGGGUAAUCAGCUUUCUAUGGUUUGCUUCAGGCCUAAAUCUCUCAAAUUGGAAUUCUCGUACAAGCUUACCGUGGAGAGACAUGAUUCUGACUGUGCUAGUUGCCUCAAAUUUAAGUCAUCGGCUACCGAUAUCACUGAGUGGCAUGGGUCUUACCCAAGGAAUGUUUUUCUGAUGGUUCCCUCUGGUUUUUGUACCCCUAAAAGGAUGAUCGCUGUGGAUGUUUGUAUACGGAAGAUAAAACAUACUGCAGCGACGUAAUUAGUUACAUGGAAGGUUUUUAGUUGUAUAAGUUAGUUGCUUAUCCAAUAUUAGUGUAAUCUUAUAUGUACAAGAAACAAAUGCUUUAUGUGGGUUGACAGUGUUGUAAAAAAACCUCAUGCAAUAGGCAAUGUGUGCAUUAUGUAAGAACUGAGCAAGACGCACUUGGAGUUCA